GCGGCGCUCGGGCCGGGACGCGCGGGCCGGGCAUGGCGUCGAUGGCGGCGGCGAUCGCGGCCUCGCGCUCGGCCGUCAUGAGCGGGAACCGGCCGCUGGACGACCGGGAGCGGAAGCGCUUCACCUACUUCUCGUCGCUGAGCCCCAUGGCUAGGAAGAUCAUGCAGGACAAGGAGAAGAUCCGGGAGAAGUAUGGGCCCGAGUGGGCGCGGCUGCCGCCCGCGCAGCAGGACGAAAUCAUCGACCGCUGCCUGGUGGGGCCUCGCGCCCCGCGGGCCGCGGACGCGGGGGACGUGGGGGACCCCGCGCGCUUCCCCGGCCUGCGCGGGCCCACGGGCCAGAAGCUGGUGCGCUUCGGCGACGAGGACAUAACUUGGCAAGAUGAGCACUCGGCCCCGUUCUCCUGGGAAACAAGGAGUCAGAUGGAGUUCAGCAUCUCAUCCUUAUCCAUCCAGGAGCCCGGCACUAUGAUCAGUGAUCCCAGGCCCCUGGCCAAGGCUCCUCAGGGCACACAGGCUGCCAAGACUGCCCAAAGCAGCAGAUCCUCUAGCCUGGAUGCCCUGGGACCUUCGAGGAAAGAGGAGGAAGCAUCCUUCUGGAAGAUUAACGCCGAGCGCUCUCGGGAGGGGCCUGAGGCCGAGUUCCAGUCGCUGACACCCAGCCAGAUCAAGUCCAUGGAGAAGGGAGAAAAAGUCAUGCCCGCGUGCUAUCGCCAGGAGCCCACCACAAAAGACAGGGAGGUCAAGGCUGUGCCCCAAGAACAGCAAACCCUCUCCGGUGUAAGCACAGAGCAGGAGGCACCCCAGCCUGUGCAAACCCCUGCCAGCUUGCUGCCCAAGGCCACCCCGAUUAAGUCCCCAGAGAAGCCACCACCUCCCGCUGCCCAGCAGGAUGAAGAAGAUGAUGCUCUGUUCUCAGAGCCUGUACUUGCGCAGAUCAGCUCAAGUAACACCCUCUUGAAGACGGGCUUUGAUUUUCUGGACAACUGGUAAACGGUGCUACCCGGAAACACAGCCAAGAGCCCCCGGCACAGCCCACGUGGUGUUCAGAGGAGAAGGCUCUCUGCCUGUGUGUUUUCCAGUUUUCUCUGCUCUUUUCUUAGUCUUUGGGGAACUAGGAAAUGUUGCCAGGUUUUCCUUUUUUUUUUUUUUUGUAAAACCAAAUAGAUAAAUAUGCUAUUUUCAAGGAUUUGAUAACAAGUUUUACACUUGGGAUUUUUAAAGACUAAGAAUCCAGUAAGCCUUGUAAAUAAAACUCCACCCCACUACUCCCUCCAAGAAGGUUCUCUGACCAAGUCACAAAAGGUCGCAAAGGCGAGUCCCUCCUCUCUUUGCACCCUCCCCACCCCUUUUCAUGUGGGGGUGGGGGGCGGGAUGGAUAUGGGCUGUUGGCUGUCGCUGUGAGAGAGUCAUCCUUAAAAAUGGGCUCACCUGGUACCCUUCCUUUGCUGAAGCCACAGUUGGCAUUCUGUGUCCUUCCCCUCCCCCACUUCUAGGAAACAGACCGGUGGCAGGUGGCAGGUGGCCUGGUGACUUACUCAGAGCUUUGAUGGUUUAAAAGCAACCACCUGUUGGCAGGUUUUCUCUCAGCUUCUCACUGUUUUAUACGUAGCUGCAGCAGCUCCCUUGGUUUUUGUAGGAGUUUUCUUCCGGAAGUUAUUAUAACUGUCCUGCUAGUGUUCCCGUCCUGGUCGCUGUCCCAGUCAGGGCGGUGACAGCGGUGCUGGAGAACAGGGCACUGCUGAGUCACUGUGUUCGAACCUUCCGGUAGGAGACUGGCAGGCUGGGCCAUUCUUCACCUUGGUCUGGUCAAGCCAGAUCAUGAAGGCCUCUCCCCGGGGCCUGACCACCUUCAAGUGCAAGAGGCCUUCCUGAUGGUUCCAGAAACUUUCCCUUGCAGCCCUGAGAGCUCACAGCAGCAAGGCUGGGUGAGGAGCAUGGGCCUCACCCAGACCCACUGUUCUCUGUCCUCACUGCCGCCCUGCUCUGGCCCCCAGACCACAUGCAUUUGCCGGAGGUGCCAAGCAGACCUGUGAGCUCUGGGUGGUAUGGUCUACCCUUCACCAUACUCCGUUCUCCUCACCUGAAGCCUUAAUCUCCGUGAGCCCCCUCCUCCGAGCGCCUGGUUUCAGUACUGAAAGGUGUAACCUUCUUAAUGCUUGUGUCGUAGGACUUUCGGAAAUAGCUUCUGGAAUAUCCUGUUAGGCCCCCGUUCACCAAGGUAAAGCACACAUAACUGUCCCACCCUUAUCCUCUCCCCUAGGAAACCAUGCCAAAGCUGUACUUAGCCAAUAUUGAUGUGCUACCUGCCAAUUCGCUUAUGUCCUGAACCUCCCUUGGUCCCUUAGGUUUGGGUUUGCCUUCCUUUGGCAACUUUUGACCCGUCAUCUUUCCAUACCGUUUGUUGUAGAGCAGGUGACGGGGGAGGGAAGAGAGGCUUCUGGCACAAGGAAGAAAUAACUUCCGAGUCACCAUUGGCACAGGCAAGCCACGAUUGGCACCGCCCAGGCUGGCACUCACUCUUCAGACUACCAGGGGCCUCCUCCCACCCCAUGGCGGUGGGUCGAUUUCAAGCCUGUGCACACGUUUUUUCCUUCCCUGUAGGUCUAUGGUCCAUAGCAUUAGCAGAGCAGGAAGCAGACGCCUCGUCCUGCCCACCUGACCAGGGUGACCUGUCUGCUCUCUGCCGACGUUUUCCUUUCCCCCCUUUCUCCUGAUUCCCUUCUCGUUUCUCCGGUGAAAACAUGGAGAGGGGCUGAGUGUAGGCACCGUGGUGUUUCUCAAGGAAACCCCCCAGGAGCAGGUGGGAGGUGACAGGUAGAGAGUCUAGGAGGGAUCCUAACGGACCCACCUGACCUGGGCAUUGUCCUUGCCCCUGGGCAGGAUCCACACCAAGCUGGCUUCUUGGUCUCCCCCAGGGACUGUGUGACAGUGACCAGACUGACCAGUUACUUACCACCUCCCUCCUUCAUCAUGAUGAAAUGCGUUCAUUUCUUUUCUUUAAAGCACUUGUUUGGCUGAAGCCUGUGUAUGAUUUGGACUCCACCACAUGCCCAGGCUCAACACCUGGGAGGCAGCUCCAGGGCUCUGUGUCUUGCUCUUGGUGGCUGUAUUUGACAGAAGUUCCCAGGAGCCCAGGCUCUGCCUGUCUGGGUUGACCCUGAAUCCCAGGCCCUCCAGGCUUGGAUGUGCUUCUGUUAGGAGCAGCGGCGUCGGCCUCCUGGCCAGGUGCGCCCCUCAUGCCGGGGCCAGGAGUGGCCUUCUGUUCUUCACAGCACCCUCUCCUUUGAUACGUAUUUUCAAAAUGGUAAAUUCUUACUGACAACUUGUAACUUGGUCCUAUUUUAUACUACUAGCCUUUAAUAAAGCCAUUUUAAAAAUUGA